AAUAAUUUGCGCUCCUCCACCCGUCCACCUCCUCUCCUCCCCGAUCUCGCGAACGCGCAAAAAAAGGAAAACGAGUUCAUCGCGCACCACACACCGCCACAGCCCGCCGUCUCCUCUACCCCCGCCAAGCCGCCGCCGCCCCGGCGAAACCCUAGGCGCAGCUCGCGGCGCCGUGGGAUCCGCCUGGUACGACGCCGCGAGCGCCCCGCCGCCGCGGGCUCAGAUCCGCGAGAGGCGCGCCGCCGGAUCCGCCGCACGCGACCCGCGCCGCGACGACGCGCGCCAGCCCGCCUCGACAUUGGCUUGGCUCGAUCCGGAGGCGUCCUGCUGGUGGGUGUCCUGGUCCCCCGGUUGUCUUCGUUUGGCGGGAUCUGGGAAAUGUUUUUAGAAUUUUUCUUGGGGGUUUCUCGGCUGUUUUUUGGGUGAAAAUGGUGCGGAUUGUUUGAUUCAUCUCUCAGACGUAGCUCAGCUGUUAGAAGGUUUGAAUUUUGGGGUAUUUAACUGUGGUACGCGAUUGAUUGAUAAAACUUUUGGUUUGUCUGUGUGAGAGAAUUAUGUUGUGGUGGAAAGAGUAAUGCUGUUUCCCUUUUGGGCAUUUGUGAAGUUAAACAGUUGCUAAUUCAGCUGUUUUAGUUCAAGUUACUUGCAUUCGGAUUCAACAGAAGCUUGUGGAAAUAGCUUUGAGUAAUAGCUCGUUCAAUUGCGAUGCAUAGUCUUGUUAGCCAUUGUUCUUACAGUAAUACAUGAACUGAUGCAACUAAGCUUUUAGUAUCUGUUUUCUUUCAAUCUGUAGUUGUGGUGCUGUGCAGGGUGCUAAGUCGUGCAAGGAUGAGAUGAGUUCAGCACAUGAUGUGCUGGAAUCAUGUAUUGCGCCACUGAACUCAUCCUUCUGGCAACUAGACUGCUUAUUGGGAUGAUGCAUGGGCUGGGAGGCGGCAGUUAAUCUAUGACUACCGGUGAGCCCUUGCUCCUGUCAUCAUCCGGAAGUGCAGAUCCGCCUUCAAAGCAGGAGGUUCCUGCUCAGUCUUCGGUAGGCUCAUUGGGCUGCCUUUGCCGUACUGAUUCGUUCUCUUCAUCGCUGUAUGAGGAUUGUGACACGGCUUCUGUCAACCUUGCGGAUGAAGGGGAGGCCGUGCCAAGACAUUGCCGGGAGGAGUCUGAUGUGAGCAGGGUGGCAGAGUGUUUCCAGUCUGCUGAUUCGCACUUGUUCCAUCGUCUCUCGGUGGAAUGCUCUCAGAAGGAGAGGCAGCAGAAGGUUUCUUGGGGUGGUGUAAUGGAGAUGCAAUGUUCUCCAUCAUCCCUAGAGAUUGGAGUGGUAUCUUCCUCUCAGGAGAAGCCAAAUCGAUCCCAGAGAGUCAGGCACAAGAUCACGCAGUUUGAAGAUCCGUUUUCAUCUGAGCAUGAGCCAAGGCUAAUUUACAUUAAUGACCCUAACAGGACAAAUGAUCGAUAUGAAUUUACGGGGAAUGAGAUCAGGACAAGCAAGUAUACAUUGAUUACUUUCCUGCCUAAGAACCUCUUCAUACAGUUUCACCGGCUUGCUUAUGUAUACUUCCUAGUUAUUGCUGCUCUUAACCAGCUCCCUCCUUUAGCUGUGUUUGGACGAACUGCUUCUCUUUUCCCACUACUUUUUGUGUUGUUUGUGACUGCUAUAAAAGAUGGCUAUGAAGACUGGCGGCGUCACAGAUCUGACAGGAAUGAAAAUAACCGAGAGGCACUUGUCCUUCAAUAUGGUGAUUUUCAGUCGAAGAAAUGGAAAAAAAUUUGUGCAGGGGAGGUUGUCAAAAUUCAUUCCAAUGAAACAAUGCCAUGCGAUAUGGUCCUGCUAGGUACAAGUGAUCCAAAUGGUAUAGCUUAUAUCCAAACAAUGAAUUUAGACGGUGAGUCAAACCUAAAAACAAGGUAUGCUCGCCAAGAAACUACUUCCAUGGUAUGCGAUGGCUCAUAUUCAGGUCUGAUCAAAUGUGAGCAGCCUAACAGAAAUAUCUAUGAGUUUACAGCUACCAUGGAGUUGAACAAUCAGAGGAUUCCACUUGGACAAUCAAACAUUGUAUUGCGUGGGUGCCAGCUCAAAAACACAGAGUGGAUUGUUGGGGUAGUCGUCUAUGCUGGUCAGGAGACAAAAGCUAUGUUGAACAGUACAAUAUCUCCUUCAAAGAGCAGCAACCUAGAGAGUUACAUGAACAGGGAAACCCUUUGGUUAUCAGCUUUUCUCUUGAUCACAUGUUCAGUUGUGGCUACUGGGAUGGGGGUAUGGCUAUUUAAAAAUUCCAAAAACCUGGAUGCGCUACCAUACUACAGGAGAAAAUACUUCACCUUUGGUCGGGAAAACAGAAAAGAUUUCAAGUUCUAUGGCAUUGCUUUGGAGAUAUUUUUCUCCUUCCUGAGUUCUGUGAUAAUCUUUCAGAUAAUGAUACCGAUAUCUCUGUACAUUACCAUGGAGGUAGUCAGAGUGGGACAGUCAUACUUCAUGAUUGGAGAUACAAGGAUGUAUGACAGUAGUUCAGGUUCAAGAUUUCAAUGCCGGUCCUUGAAUAUCAACGAGGAUCUAGGCCAAAUACGGUACAUAUUCUCUGACAAAACAGGUACCUUGACGCAAAACAAGAUGGAAUUUCAGCAAGCUAUCAUCUAUGGGAAGAACUAUGGCAGCUCCUUACAAGUCUCUAGCGACUCAUCUAAUGAAAUAAGCACUACAGAGUCAUUGAGACAAAAUGGCAGGAAUCCCAAGUCAGCAAUCAAUGUUGAUUCGGCACUCAUGGCACUUCUGAAUCAACCAUUGGUUGAGGAGGAAAGACUUGCUGCCCAUGAUUUUUUCCUCACUCUGGCUGCAUGCAAUACAGUAAUUCCAGUCAGCACAGAUAGUUCUCUCGAUUUGAGGAACAAAGUAAAUGAGAUAGGUGCAAUUGAUUACCAGGGCGAGUCACCUGAUGAGCAGGCCUUAGUAACUGCAGCUUCUUCUUAUGGGUAUACUCUUGUGGAAAGAACAACCGGUCACAUUGUAAUAGAUGUUCAGGGGGAGAGGAUAAGGUUGGAUGUUCUUGGUCUCCAUGAAUUUGACAGUGUGAGAAAAAGAAUGUCUGUUGUUGUAAAGUUUCCGGAUAACAACGUAAAGGUUCUUGUGAAAGGUGCUGAUACAUCAAUGCUAAGCAUUUUGAAAGUAGGGAUUGGGGGGCUUUAUGAUUCGUUGCAUGCUAAAAUUAGAGAAGCUACAGAGAACCAUUUGUCAGGUUGUUCAUCAGAGGGUCUACGAACCUUAGUGAUUGGUUCAAAAAACCUGACGGAUGCAGAAUUUGGUGAAUGGCAGGAAAAAUACAAAGAAGCUAGCACCUCCAUGCAUGAGAGAUCAGCAAAGCUCCGUCAGGCAGCAGGUCUGGUAGAGUGCAAUCUGACUCUUCUUGGUGCUACCGGAAUUGAAGAUAAGUUGCAGGAUGGUGUUCCUGAGGCCAUUGAGUCCCUCCGACAGGCUGGAAUCAAGGUUUGGGUUCUCACAGGUGAUAAGCAAGAAACUGCUAUAUCGAUUGGUUUGUCAUGUCGGCUGUUGACUCAAAGCAUGCAUUCGAUUAUCAUAAAUGGUUCCUCGGAGUUUGAAUGCAGACGGCUUCUAGCUGAUGCUAAAGCCAAAUUUGGAAUAAAGUCGUCUGAUUUUGGAAGGGAUUCUCAAGGUAUGGAAGAUUUGUACAAUGGUGAUGUUUCUAAAUCGAGGUCCUCUAAUGGUUACAUAUCUGAAAGUGCUAUACAAAACUUCCAAUUAACUGGAGUUAUUGCUGGUGACAAGUUAGAGUGCAGCGAGAAAGUGACAAAUUUUGAUGACACUGAGCUAGCACUGAUAAUUGAUGGGAGCUCCCUUGUGUAUAUUCUGGAGAAAGAUCUUGAAUCAGAGUUAUUUGACUUGGCAACUUCCUGUAAAGUCGUCAUCUGCUGCCGUGUUGCUCCUCUGCAAAAGGCUGGCAUUGUUGAUUUGAUUAAAAGCAGAACGAGUGACAUGACCCUGGCGAUUGGUGAUGGUGCAAAUGAUGUUUCGAUGAUACAGAUGGCAGAUGUUGGUGUCGGAAUAUGCGGUCAAGAAGGUCGUCAGGCAGUGAUGGCUUCAGAUUUUGCUAUGGGACAAUUCCGCUUUCUGAAGAGAUUACUUCUUGUACACGGGCACUGGAAUUAUCAGCGUAUCGCGUACAUGAUUCUCUACAACUUCUACCGGAAUGCUGUCUUUGUGUUAAUGCUUUUCUGGUAUAUCUUAUAUACAGCUUAUUCCGCAACUCUGGCAUUAACAGAUUGGAGUAGUGUUUUCUAUUCCCUUAUAUACACAUCAGUUCCCACAGUAGUAGUUGGUAUUCUUGACAAGGACUUGAGUCAUAAUACCCUUCUUUAUUACCCAAGACUAUAUGAGGCAGGGCUUAGAAAUGAGGGCUACAACUUGACACUCUUCUGGAUCACAAUGCUAGAUACCUUGUGGCAAAGCCUUGUCCUUUUCUAUGUUCCCUUCUUCACAUACAAUAUCAGUACAAUGGACAUAUGGAGUAUGGGAAGUUUGUGGACUAUUGCCGUGGUUAUAAUUGUCAAUAUUCAUCUGGCCAUGGACGUUCGACGUUGGGUGCUUAUAACCCAUCUUGCCGUAUGGGGUUCUAUAGCUGCUACAUUUUUGUGCAUGGUGUUAAUAGAUUCUAUACCGAUUUUCCCUAACUAUGGGACAAUAUACAACAUGGCUGCUUCAAGGACUUAUUGGCUUAGUGUUUGUCUUAUAAUAGUCCUUGGGUUGCUUCCUCGGUUCCUUUGCAAAGUAAUAUAUCAGACCUUUUGGCCAUCUGAUAUUCAAAUAGCAAGAGAAGCUGAGUUAUUAAAAAAGCUGCCUCAACAGUUGGGUUCAAGGCUUGAAAGUGACAUCAUUUAACAAAAGUUUCAUGAAGUUAUUUGUCAAUCCAGUUUGGGGCUGCGUUGAUUCAUUUUUUGAGCUAGUUUUUGUCAAAAUUUUGAUUAUACAGGAGGACACAAAUUGGUAAGGUAUACAAAUUCAGGUCGCAGAAGAAGUUUGGAAAUUCGAUGGAGCAGCUGACAAAGGAACUGACUGUACUGGUUGGGCACCAAACAGGUUCAGGCUUGGGGGGCUAGUAAUCAACCAAAUGACAAAUGUACAGAUAUGGGAAAAUGAUAUAUACUCUGUAUUUUAUGGUAGAGUUUGUGAGUGGUUAGGAAAUAAAGACAGUACAUAGAUACAAAUUCUUUUGUACUCUGCCAAUCUUUUGUACCAUCUAACUAUAUGUUAACAAUCUUCAUUUUCUUCCAGCUUUUGAGGUUUUAGGUAGUGGCAUGUCGAGUUAGAACUUUUACGUUUUACAGCAAUACAAGGUUCACUUUCCUCUGCGAUGGAAAUAAUUAUUUUUA